CGGAAUUAAGGAAUCACCUGGAAGGAAUACAUCAACCAAGGAUUAUUAUUCUACACAGCAAAUUCUCUGGAAAACAACAGAAACCUGAAAACACCAUCCAACCUGGAACUGAGUGUACUCCAAUCUGUUAUGCGGAGUGGAAAAAGGGACCCAAGAGCAGACUCAGACGAGGAGACUGGGAUGAUGUAACCAAGAUCUGGCUCAUGAUGGUGAAGAGGUGUACAUUCCCCCUACUGAUAGCUUCUGCUCUGGCAGUCAUGGUCUACGUCAUCGUCACAUUGCCCAGGUCACAGCCAGGCAACCACCAGCACCUCUAUCCGCACCACAUCUCUGACCAGUCCAUCACGCCUGUCAACGACACCAAACACUUCAUGGUGGGGGCCUACAAGGAACAUCGUUUGGAGGGAAGCUCCGUACGCAUCAUCAGUAUCUUCAGACGAGACUCUGUCCAGCCUCUGUACUGUGUGUUCUACUGUGGGACUCACUGGGCUAAUGGAAUGAAGGCUGAAGUCCAGAUGCACUCUGAUCACUUUGGUUUCAGCUUCGUGACGACCGACGUCCUUUGUCCGAAUCAUCCCGACUGCGACCCGUCACACGUGACCCUCGCCAUACAAGCUGACACUGAGCUCGCUCAGAACCAAACCUUCCUCCGCAUCCAGAACCUUGUGAAAAAGGAGGAAGAGGACUUUCAGUUCAACUUCACUGUCUGUUGGUCCAAUUUAUUUGCCGAUUAUAACAACGUGCUUCAGGUCACCCAGACUCUGGAGAUGUACAAGUUGUUGGGAGUGCAGCAUGUUGUGGUGUAUAACACCAGCUGUGGACCGGACCUGGAGAGACUGCUACAGAGUUACACACAGGAGGGCUUUGUUGAAGUGGUGCCCUGGCCUAUCAACCAAUACAUGAACCCGUCCAGUGGUUGGCAGCCCAGUGAACAUGGAGGGGACAUCCACUACUAUGGCCAGUUGACCACUCUAAAUGACUGUGUCUACAGAAAUAUGUAUCAGUCACGCUAUGUACUGCUGAACGACAUCGAUGAGAUUAUAGCUCCUUACCAGCAUCAAACCCUGCCCCAGAUGAUGGAUGUACUUCAGAGGCAAAACCCAAAGGCUGAAGUGUUCCUCAUAGAGAACCACAUCUUCCCUAAGUCCCAGUUUGAGCCCAGUGGAAGGUUUGAACGACCCACCUGGAGGGAUGUUCCAGGGAUCAACAUCAUGGAGCACAUCUACAGAGAGGAGCCAGACUAUCGCAUCUACCACCCCUCCAAGAUGAUAGUACGGCCCAGGGCAGUGGAGCAGACGUCGGUCCACUCUGUGCUGCGUAACUUUGGGCAGACAGUGAAGGUUCCUCCUAACGUGUGUCACAUCAUCCAUGUCAGAGUUCCCCUACAAGGAGGACUGACCAAGAAGGAGCUGCAUGAAGACAAGAGGGUCUGGGACUACGAGAGACAGCUGGUUCCUAAUGUAGAUAAAGCAUUGGAGAAGGCAGGACUACUGCGCAUGUGAAUAGAUUUGCUUCAUGCUGAACCAAACCUGCAGAGAAGUUUAGCCCCACACUUGAACGCUCUUCGGUGUUGCAGACAUUGACCUGCUAUGCUGUUUACUUUGUGCCUCUACGUCAUAUCGCUGAGUCUUUGAUUGAUUUGAAUGAUUUUAUCUUUAAGUGUGUUACAAUUGUAUUGAAAGUAUAAAUAGUAGCUUUUAAAUGUAUUUGAUUUUAUCUGUACUUAAAGUAAUAAUAAUAAAGCCCCUUCACAAU